AUUUUAUUCUCUUCUCUGGCUGAAUAAUAUACAAUUUGGUGUGCCAUCACAUUGUGGUGGGAAACUGGGCUUAAUCCACAUUGUGGGUAUUGUGAACACAGCUACCAUGAUCAUUAAAGAUCAAAGGUCCAUCCAAGUCCUUUUUGCUAGUUUGUGCUGAAAUCAAAGAAGAGCUGUUAGAUCAAAUGUAACUUUCCAUUGUCUUAGAAACCAGGAUUGUUUCUCAUGAGGAAAUAUUCUGUGUUCUUAGCUGCAGAGUACAGACACCGGAGUUGUUUAAAUUCUGGGUUACAUGGAUUUGUUUUCCCAUUGUGUGGUAGCUGUCCUGAUGAGUAUGAAGUGAUGCCUUGUGGUUUGAUUUGGACUUCCUCAAUGUUUGUCACAGGGACUGAAGAAUUAUUGAGGAACAAUACCAUGUAGCUCUUAAAAUAACCUAGUUUGUGCUUAAACUGCAAAGAUCAGCAAAACUAAGCAGAUUCAUCUAUGUUGGCAGGUUGCUAUGACCCAACCACAAAUGGCUCCCAUUUGUCUUGUGGAAAACCACAAUGAACAGCUGUCAGUGAACCAGGAAGCCAUAGAGAUUCUGGACAAGAUUUCUCAGCCAGUGGUAGUAGUGGCUAUUGUUGGAUGGUCCCAUACAGGGAAGUCCUAUUUGAUGAACUGUUUGGCGGGACAGAAUCACGUGAGUGGCACGCUGCCUACCAGCCAAAGGUUUCCCUCUGGGCUCCACCGUGCAGUCUCAGACCAAGGGCAUCUGGAUGUGGUGCAUGCCCCACCCCACCAAGCCAGAGCACUGGUCCUCCUGGACACCGAGGGCCUGGGCGAUGUGGAAAAGGGUGAUCCUAAGAACGACUUGUGGAUCUUUGCCCUCAGUGUGCUUCUGAGCAGCACCUUCGUCUACAACAGCAUGAACACCAUCAACCACCAAGCCCUGGAGCAGCUGCAUUAUGUCACAGAACUCACUGAGCUGAUCAGAGCAAAAUCUUCCCCAAAUCCCCAUGGAAUAAAGAAUUCCACAGAGUUUGUGAGUUUCUUUCCAGACUUUGUCUGGACUGUUCGGGAUUUCAUGCUGGAGCUGAAGUUAAAUGGGGAAGACAUCACAAGUGAUGAGUACCUGGAGAAUGCCCUGAAGCUGAUCCCAGGUAACAAUCCCAGAAUCCAAGCAUCCAAUUCGGCCAGGGAAUGCAUCAGACGUUUCUUUCCUAAUCGGAAGUGUUUUGUCUUUGAAUGGCCAACUCAUGACAUAGAACUCAUAAAACAACUUGAGACUAUUUCAGAAGACCAAUUGGAUCCUACGUUUAAGGAAAGUGCAAUGGCUUUUGCUUCUUAUAUCUUCACUUAUGCCAAGAUCAAGACCCUCAGAGAGGGAAUUAAGGUCACUGGGAAUGGACUGGGUACUCUGGUGACAACCUACGUGGAUGCCAUCAACAGUGGAGCAGUGCCUUGUCUGGAUGAUGCUGUGACAACUCUGGCCCAGCGUGAGAACUCAGUAGCUGUGCAGAAGGCAGCCAGCCACUACAGUGAGCAGAUGGCCCAGCGACUGAGCCUUCCCACAGACACGAUCCAGGAGCUGCUGGAUGUACAUGCAGCCUGCGAGAAGGAAGCCAUGGCUGUCUUUAUGGAGCAUUCCUUCAAAGACGAAAAUCAGCAAUUCCUGAAGAAGCUGGUGGAAUUACUACGUGAGAAGAAUGGGCUUUUCCUGUUGAAGAAUGAAGAGGCAUCUGAUAAAUACUGCCAGGAAGAACUGGAUCGACUUUCAAAGGAUUUGAUGGACAAUAUCUCAACAUUUUCUGUUCCUGGGGGACACAGGCUCUACAUGGACAUGAGGGAAAAGAUUGAACAUGACUACUGGCAGGUUCCCAGGAAAGGGGUGAAGGCAAGUGAAGUCUUCCAGAACUUUCUGCAGUCACAGGCCAUCAUCGAGAGUUCCAUCUUGCAGGCAGAUACAGCCCUCACUGCUGGGCAGAAGGCCAUUGCAGAGAAGCACACCAAGAAGGAGGCAGCUGAGAAGGAGCAGGAUCUGCUAAGACAGAAGCAGAAGGAGCAUCAGGAGUAUAUGGAGGCUCAAGAGAAAAGGAACAAGGAAAACCUAGAGCAACUGAGAAGGAAGCUGGAGCAGGAGAGAGAGCAGCUCAUCAAAGACCAUAACAUGAUGCUGGAGAAGCUAACGAAGGAACAAAAGACUUUCCGUGAGGAAGGAUAUAAGACACAAGCUGAGGAAUUGCGUCGAGAGAUCCAUCAACUGGGACAUAACAUCAAGGAAAUGAAACAAAAUGGUGAUUCCCUUGUGGAAAGUAUUUUAAGAAGUUGGUUUUCAUUUAUUUCACCCCCUUCAGAGUCAGAAAAGGCUAUAAGCAGCGUUUUAUCACUCCUUAGGAAAAAGGAUAGACUGUGAUACACACUUUGUGUUAUUUUGAAGCUGCCUGUUUUCCAUUUUCAUUCUGCACAGAAGAUUAAACAUAAAAAGUGCUGAUUAAAGGGCAUCUGGGCCCCACAGAAAUGAGAUAGAACAGCUCUUACGUGUCUCCACAGACAAUGCUUGCCUUUAGAGAACACAUUUUGAAACAAUUCCUAUGGAGGGUAUGCAUUUAGUCAUUACAUAUGAUCACUGCUGGCCAAUUUAACUGCAUAUAGAUUCAGCAAGAAAACAAGGUUUUCUGUACUCCUAUGAGGACCAUGUAACCCAGGUAGCUUCUGGGGGGAUUGUCUCAGGUUAAUAUGGUAGGGAACCCAUCCUAAGUGUGGGCAGCACCAUUGCUGUGGACCGAAAACACGGUAGAAAGAAGAAAUCAAAUGGCCCUACCACUUGUGGCUUCCUGACUGUGGAUGCCAUACAACAAGCCAGCCUGGACUUCUCUCAGAAUGCAUUUUCAGCCUUGAUGAAAUGUAUCAUCAUGAUUCAUGGACCACAACAAACCCUUUAUUACAUUGGUUUUGUGAGGGCAUUUCCUCACAACAAGAGGAAAAAUCAUUGAUAUCAUAACUGUGAGAAACCUGGAAACUACUUAAACAACCCUGAGUUAGAUUGGGAACAAAUUUUAUAUGACUUUGUUCUUGAAGUACUGUAUAGUCAAGAAACAAUGUCAGUCAAGCUAUUUGUAGAAUGAUCUAAAUUGAGCUAAAAUAUAUCUUUAAAAACUAAGCCAAACACCAUACAACUGUGUGAUUAUUAUUAGAAAUACUACCAUGACAUUCAAACAUACUAGAACAGUAAUGAAAUGCCUUUGGGAAGACUAAUAAAAAGCCUGAUCUAUUGGCUUCAUCGAGGGAGAAUAGGUUGGAGUAAAAAGUUGAAGAGAUGCAUACAUUCCAUGGCGUUCUCAGUCUUAUACAUUUCUUGAAGAGUGCUGGGAAAGCGAAUUUACAUUACUUUUAGUGACAAUAAGUUAAAACUCACCACUGCAUGAUGAAACAUCUGCUUCUAGAAAUGUCAUAAGCCACUAGAAGUCACCCAAGAACAAGACUUGAGUACCAGGAAGCAUAACAUUUGCAGCUUAAUGAUGUUUUCCUUUGAGUUAAUGAUGUUUUCCUUUGAGGCUUUGCUUUUUUAAAAAUAAUUUAAAUAAUACAUUUUAUGUCACCAACAUAUCAAAAUAUUAUUUCCACAGGCAGUUGAUAUGAUUUAUGCAUGACAUUUUUAUAUCAGACCUAUUUUAUAUCAUAUUUAUUUAUUUGCAAAGUAAUGAGGAACCUGUAUCAAAAGAGAAAUGAUAGUAUUGAGGAUAAGAGAGUCCAAGAGUCACAUGGGAGGUGGACAGCUCAGAGAUGGCUCUGGGUCAAGAGUGCACAAUUUUCAUGCAGGGUAGCUCGGUUCCUGGGGCAGGUAACAACUACCUGUAAAUUUAACUCCAAGGGAUCUGACUUAGUUUUCUGACCCCUACUGGUCACUGGUACUUCCAUCAUAUAUCCCCAGGUUACACAUAUACAUACAUACAAGUAAAAUUUAAACAAAUACACUGAUAAAAAUGAUAGUGUGCCUUAUGAGUAAAGAGACCCAAGGACCCUUAUUAGUGUGCUCAUGAAUAUAAUAUAUUUAGAGUGUACCCACCCCCAGCUCCUCUAAGUCAUCCUCAAAUUCACGUCCCAAUUUCAUGUCUUUCCCUCCUCCACCUCUUCCUCUUUCUUCUUCCUUUGAAUAAAUUAAUGCUGGCCUCAUGUCCUUGGGUAUUAGACACCAUCUACCAGACCAUGGAUAAUUUAGUAUGGCCCACACCCCCAUAGAAACACACUCUCCCUCUCCCAGUCACCAGAUAUCAACUGCUAAUAGUUCCUCAGCUAGGGGUGGGGUCUCAUGAUCUCACUGCCUCCCCUUACUGGAUGUUGACUAGCUUAAUAGUGUGUAUCUUGUGCCAACAACCGUAUCUACUGUCAUAGCCCCAUACUUUCCAGGAAAUAUUAUUUUACAACAACAUGGUCUUAUUUUUAAAAUACUUAUGUUAAUUAUUUCAAAAUUAAAAUAUAGAAACUCUUAUGGUUUCUGGAAUCUUGGAGAAGCCUACUUCUCUCUUAAUGCCUUGUAAGAUGUCUAGUUCAAAAGAAUGAACUGAGUAAAGGAGAGAUUUUGGUGCUGUCUUAUUGGGAGCCAUUUUGUUUCCUUCUUUGACAGCCUGCCUGCCAGGCACAGUCAAGGCAGGUCAGGGUCUACUCGCAGAUUUCUUGUCCUACUGACUCAUGGAACUAUAAGAGGAAAUACACUUGAGGCUCAAUGCAAGGGGAUGGAAGUUCAAUUCAUCUUGCUGGUUGGAACAGGAAAUCCUCUGGAUAAGAAAGGAUAUCCUGUGUGUAUAUCAGCUAUUAUUUAAGCUACCUUGUGAUAUUGUUUCCACGGUACUGAGAGAUAUAAUAAAGCUAAGAAAAAUAAACUUGAGGUUGAUGUGGUAUUCACCUGCAACCUUCCCAAUUCUAA